AUGUUGACCUCUGCUCACUUCAAACUGAGCGACUUUCCUCACAAAGUCCUCGACCCGAUCGCCACCACCACCGUCCCCCCAACCUACGCCACCAUCAAACUUGCACAACGCCAACUCAUGACCAACGCCGCCGCCAUCCCGAUGCUCAACGGUGGCGGUGCUCAUGGCCACAUGGCCUUAACGCUCACCCCUUGCGCAUAUGCCGACAUAAGCGACGUCCCGUUUGUCAUUCCCGUCGCUCCACCCGCCAAUCCUCCAAUUGGCGCCACUCCUGCCAAGAUUACCGAAAACAACCGCAUCCACCAACGCAAUGCCAACAUUUUCAAUCUCUAUGUUGCCGUCAAGAAUGCUCUCCGUCAGCAGCUUCUCGACGCCAUUCCCCGAAUCUACGUGCGCGCAGUUGCGCACCCUUUCUUCGAAUUUAGCAAUGUGUCCUGCCUCGACUUGCUUCAGCACCUUUGGACCAAAUACGGCACCAUCAAGCCUGCUGAACUCCAGAAAAAGUUCCAAUCUAUGUACACCCCGUGGAACACCACCGAGCCCAUUGAAUCCGUUUUUCUUCAGCUCGACAAAGCCAUUGCCUUCUUGACUGACAGCCUUGACCCCAUCUCUGAGGCCGCCGUUUGUGCCGGCUACAAGGUUAUUGCCCACUCCGGCUUUCUUCCUCAGGAUUGCAAAGACUGGCGCAAAUUACCCCGUACUUCUCACACGCUUGCCAACUUUCAGACCCACUUUACCCUUGCUGACGAAGACCGGCGCCUCACUGCCACAACGGGCUCCUUAGGCUACGCCAAAGUUCUUGCUGCCAAUCCCUCUCUGGCUCCCAUGCCUGGCCCCGGCACCCUCAGUCUCCCUUUCUUGGCGCUUUCUGUGUCCAACUCUUCUGUUAGCUCUGCCGACAUGACGUAUUGCUGGACCCAUGGUACCAGCAAAAACCGGCGCCAUACGAGCGCCACGUGCAAGACCAAGGCCCCUGGUCAUUGCGACAAUGCGACGGCCACCAACACUCUUGGCGGCUCCACCAAGGUUUGGACGGCCCCCAAGCCCCCUGAAUAG